CAACCAAAUUUGUUGCUAACCUCAGAAAUGUCAUACCCAAUUGUGUGGCAAAUAGAAGAUGUUUUCUAUCCUCUUAUUUCAGCCAUUGGUGUUCCUGGACAAGAUCUGAAAAUGUUUACUUCAACUUCAAUGUCUUUCCUCACAGUUAACUUGGUGGCAAUAUUGAUCCUGUCCCGAGGAAAAUGUGGCCUCUCUGAGUGCAUCACUCAUUACUUGGUUGGAAUGGCAGUGGCUGAUCUCCUUGUCGUUGUCUUUGAUGCCAUUUUGUGGAUCACUAUUCCAAUUUAUUUACCACAUUCAUUCGUGAAACUUACUCCUGUGUGUAGUGUUCUUUCUGCCUUGAGGUCAGCAGCCACAGUGAUUUCUGUCUGGUUCACAGUCACAUUCACUUUUGAUCGAUUUGUGGCCAUUUGCUAUGAGAGAUUAAAAGCAAAAUUUUGCACUAAGACAACUGCAGCUGCAUUUCUAGGGACCGUGACUGUGCUAGGGUGCCUGGAGUCUCUACCCUGGUAUUUUGCAAUUGAGCCACGAUACUUCAUUGACAAUAUUCCAUGGGGCUGCACCCAUAAGCAGAGUUAUUACAGUUCCCCAGGAUGGGCUGCAUUUGAAAUGGUCAACUACAUUUUAACUCCUUGUGUGCCGUUCUUUCUGAUCUUGCUGUUCAAUGUGCUGACUGUUAGGCGUAUUUUAGUGAGCAGUCAAAUCCGUCGGGGUCUCCAUGGUCAAAAAAGUACAGAGAAACACAAGGAUGCAGAGAUAGAAAACCGGUUUAAAUCCAUCAUUUUGCUGUUCAGUAUAUCAGGCAGUUUUGUGCUGUUGUGGGUGACCCAGGUUGUGUACAAUAUUUAUGCACGAAUUAUUGAUGUCCGAUAUUACAAGUCCGCAACAGAUCCAUGCUUUAUCGCAGAUCGUACAGCAAAGAUGCUGCAACUCCUCAGCUCCUGUACUAAUACAGGUAUUUAUGCUAUCAUCCAGGUGAAAUUCCGACAAGAGCUGAAGAAUGCAAUCAUAUACCCGUUCAACCAAAUUGCUCAGGUGUGGAACAGGUGGAGGUUUUAAAACUUGAGAACUGAAUUGCACUUAACACCCUGGUGGUCUAAAAGCAACAUAGGUGAUAGAAAUAAGUGAUCAGCAUCACCAAGUCUUCAUUCGGACUAAUUUUGCCUAAUAAAAUCAAUUUAUUGCAAUCACAAAGUCGCUGGAAAAGCUCAGCAGAUCUGGCAGCAUUUGUGAAGGA